AUGGCAAAAGCACCGAUUGAUUUUGAAGAAGAGUGGAGUAAGAUCUCCAAUGGAACACUCGAAAUUAAAUGGUACUACUUUCCCACAACGCAAAGCUUAAAAAUCGACAUUGAUAAAAUUCAACAAGUGAAAAUAAUUCGUCAAGAUAAAGGAUACGCCAAAAAUUGGGGAUCUGGGGAUUUUGGUACAUGGUGGGCAUGCGAUAUGAAGAGAAACUUUCGCACUCACGCGGAUCAGUUCUAUAAUGUGAAGGUGGAUAUUGGUGAGACAUUCAAGAAGGGAUUUACCGUUAACGAGCUUGACAAGUUCCUGGUGGCAAUCAGAAAAUGGCUCAAGGUGCAAAAUAUCGCUUUUGAGUAA